AUGAACGUGGCAGUGGAAGGCUUGAGCAUCACUGUCGCAGGUGGCAGGAAGCUGUUGGAUGAAGUAAACUGCGUGGUUCAGGCCGGAGAUAUGGUGGCUUUGAUGGGCCCUUCUGGCGCUGGCAAAACCACGCUGCUGAACAGCAUCGUGGGGAGAACCAUCACAGGACUCACUGAAGGGGGCAUCUACUACGAUGGGGCCACAUUGUCCAAAGUCAGGAGCAGCGUGGGAUACGUCACUCAGGACGACAUCAUGUACGAGACCCUGACACCGCGGGAGAAUUUGACCUUUGCGGCCGCCUUCAUCUUGCCAAAGCUCUCCAAAGAAAGCCGCCAGAAGGAGGUGGACGACUAA